GAGGGAAGGAUGAUUGCAGAUACAUAGAGCAUAAUCCACAAGGACAGCUUUAUGGUGAUGAAGGCAGUGAGACAUCAACAUGCCUGUCGCAGCAGCUGUGGAAAAGGGGGAGCUCAUAUCCAAUUUCCACAGGCUUGUCAAGUGGCCUCGUCGUCAGUCAGCUCGGGUCAAGAGGCGUCUCUGGGCGUCGAAAGCAGGAGCCACAUUUCAGUAGGCAAUGUGGGCCCUCUUCUAUGCUUCAGAGAGCACUAUGAGGCUCUCAACACACGCCUCUGCAAAUGCUCCGGCUCCUUACCGGCUGACUUCAGCCGCACCUUGCCUGACCUAGUAUUGCCUGCUCUUUUUUCUUGCGGAGUUGCAAAUGCUCGCUACGCUUGUCAAUCUGCCUCUUGCUGCUUGCUCACAGCUACCGCUCCAGACAUACCCUCUAUUUGACAGUGAGAAAUUCGGAAAAUCCCUGAAUGAGGGUGGUACGGGCAUGCCAUUGAGAAGAUCCGCCCGCCCUCUCGCCUCUCCACAGUGCUCCACUCGUUCCUUUACAAUCAGCCAAAGAUACUUUACUACCCCGCGCCGAUGUGGGGAGAUUGUCGGUGCUGGACGCCCCCGUACCUGAUUCAGCGUCGAGGUUGAAAUUCAAUGGACUCUUCAUGAACUUGGGCUAUGGAAGGGUCAUGGCGUCCUGCGUGGUUGGUGAUUGUGAACUUGGCUUGUGACCCUUCCUUGGCGGGCGCGUUGACCUUGUCAAAGCUUGGCGGAGGUACAGGCGUCAGUGCUGCCUUUGGCCGCGCGCCGCCCAGAUGCUGCACCUCCGCUUAGCCUCUGCACCUCCCCUCAGCGCGAGCUAGGCUAUCUCUCUUCGUCUCUGUGCAGCAAAAUCCCCGAGG